AGUUUUGCAGGAGCAGCAGCUUCCGUGCUCUGUGGCCGGCGUGACGUCACCCACGUAGAGCAACAACAUGGCCCCUGUUAGCCGGGCUGUGGUUGUUGCGGCGCUCUCGCUGCUCUGCCUGAGCCGAGUCGCCCUCUCCACCGAGUUCUUCUCCACGCUGACGCUGUUCAACAGCGACCUCCACAAGCAGGGAUGCAGCUCGCUGUCCGAGUGGGAAGAGUACGCGGCCGACUGCGAGUCUUCAAUUCUACAGUUAGAAGAUCCAGACUGCGAGGAGGGAAGUAACCCGCCCUGUGAGUCGGUCUUCUCGCUGAACGCAGAGAAAAUCCUGAAUCAGGCCAAGUUGUUUAUAGAACAGAAAAAAAUCCCCUUCCCCGUAGUCAACCACAACACAAACGAAGAACUCGCUAUAGGCUACGUUCUGAUAGGUAACGGCCUUUAUGAUGAGGCCAUCAAACACUUCUCGCUCUUACUGCAAGGAGACCCAGAGCUGGUCAGUGCCAUUUAUGGGAGAGGGAUAGCCUACGGGAAGAAAAGUCUUCAGGAUAUAAAGAACGCUGACUUGGCUUUGUACGAGCUGAACAGAGUCAUCACGCUGGAGCCAAACUGGCCCGAGGUUUACGAACAGAGAGCAGAGAUCCUGUCUCCUCUGGGUCGUAUCAGCGAGGCUCUGGGCGAUCUGACCAAAGCCAUCCAGCUGCAGCCGUCGGCUCGACUCUACAGACACAGAGGAACGCUGCUUUUCAUCUCCGAGGACUACGUGGCAGCUAUGGAAGACUUUCAGCAGUCUUUGGAGCUGAAGAAGAAUCAGCCCAUCGCCAUGCUGUACAAGGGCCUCACCUUCUUCCACAGAGGAAUGCUCAAGGAAGCCAUCGAGACGUUCAAAGAAGCGUUAAAGUUGAAGGCUGACUUCAUAGAUGCGUAUAAGAGCCUCGGACAAGCUUACAGAGAGUUGGGGGAUUUUGAGUCAGCAAUGGACAGCUUCCAGAAAGCCCUCCUGUUGAACCAGAACCACAUCCAGUCUCUCCAGCUGCGAGGCAUGAUGCUCUACCACCACGGCUCGCUGCAGGCGGCCAUCGGCAGCUUCAAGAGGUGUCUUCAGCUGGAGCCCUAUAACGAGGUGUGUCAGUACAUGAAGGGGCUGAGUCACGUGGCCAUGGGGCAGUUCUACGAGGGCAUCAAAGCUCAGACUAAAGUCAUGCUCAACGAUCCGCUGCUGGGACAGAAGGCCAGCUCCGAAUACCUCAAAGUGAAAUACCUCCGAGAAUACUCUCGCUACCUGCACUCCCACCUGGACAUCGCUGUGGCCGAGUACAACGUGGACCAGGAUUUACCGGGCAACUUCAAGAACCACUGGGCCAAGAACCUGCCUUUCCUCAUUGAAGACUACGAGGAGCAGCCCGGCCUGCAGCCACAUAUCAAGGACGUGCUGCCUCAGAUCUUUGACAGCUACAGCAGCGAGGUGCAGAAACUGAUAUGCACAGCCGACCACCUGGGGGCGCUGAUGCAGUACGACACUCCCGGGUUCCUGCCCAACAAGAGAAUACACAGAGCAAUGGGUUUAGCAACUCUGGAGGUCAUGCAGGCUAUGCAUCGAACGUGGAGCAACUCCAAAGUGCGAGUGAACGGCAAGACGCGGCAAAUGCAGUGGAGGGACAUGUUUGACAUAGCUGUUAAAUGGAGGAGGAUCGCAGAUCCAGAUCAGCCGGUCCUCUGGUUAGACCAGAUGCCUGCCAGGAGUCUCAGUCGUGGCUUCAACAAUCAUAUCAAUCUCAUCAGGGGACAGAUUAUAAACAUCAGAUACCUGGCGUACUUUGACAACAUCCUCGACUUUAUCAAAGACAGAAUACUGGUGUACCAUGGAGCCUACAACCCCAGAGGUUUACUCGAGGUCCGCCAGGCUCUCGAGAACGUCAACAAAGUAGAAGACCUUUUGCCGAUAAUGAAGCAGUUCAACAGUAAAACCAGAGAUGGCUUCACGGUCAACUCCAAGGUGCCGAGCAUGAAGGAUCAUGGGAAAGAGUACGACGGCUUCACCAUCACCAUCACUGGAGACAGGGUGGGCAACAUGCUGUUCUCCGUGGAGACUCAGACGACAGAAGAGCGCACGCAGCAGUACCAGUCAGAGAUAGAGUCCAUUUACAAAGACAUCACCGCCAAAGGAAAAGCUUUAAUGCUGUCCACUGAACUCGGGGAUGCAGACGCCUUGUGCAACCUCGUCCUCUCCUUGAUUUAUUAUUUCUGCAACCUCAUGCCUCUCUCCAGAGGAUCCAGUGUGGUGGCUUACUCGGUUGUGAUGGGCGCACUGAUGGCCAGUGGCAAAGAGGUCGUCGGCAGGAUUCCUAAAGGAAAGCUGGUGGAUUUUGAAGCCAUGACCACGCCCAGUCCUGACAGCUUCAGUAAAACAGCAAAGGGCUGGAUGAAUCUUAAAAGUUUACCGAGCUGGUACCAGAGUCUUCCGUCUGUAGCAGAGACUUUCCCGUCGACCAGGACGAUGAUCGAGGUUCUCAAUACAGACUCAUUCUCACACUGUCCAAAGAAAUCUUAACAAAACUUCCACAUGUGAGACACGUUCAGGGAAGUCUUAAAAAAUAAUAAUAAUAAUAAUAAUUUUCUCCACUGGACAGAACUACAGGACUGUCUUCUUCUUCUUCUUCGGUAACCCCCCAAACAAAGCUGGUCUCAUCUCAUCUUUAAUGUUCUUUGUUUUAAUGUUAACUUAAAGAAAAUCCUCAAAUAAAACUUAAAGACAGAAGAGGCCUUUGCUCUUAAUAAUAAGCAUUAUUUGGUUUCAAAAAAACACUUCCUGUUUUCUUCUCUGUCAUCUCUCAAUUAAAAUUAAAAUAGUUUUAAGUAUAUUUUUUUUCCCCGUAAAGUACAACAAAAAAGCUGCAGUUGGCGAGACAUUUCUUUCUAAAGUUGAUAUUUAAUGCAGUCUAUGAAUGCACUGAAGACUAGGACAUAAAUGCUGUGUUUUAUUUGACCAUAACUACUCAAAUACACAGUCCAUACAGUAUACACAUGACUAAAAAAACAUCAGAUUAUUUUUAAGUGAAAACUAAUCCGGACGUUUUGAUGCUGUGUGGACACUCACUUUUUAAAGAUGGCAAACUAUCGUGACCCAAAUCGCCACAAAAACUGUGAGAAGAGUCACUUUUUGCCAAAUAUAGUGACUCAUUUACACCCAUAUCUGUCAAAAGCUAAUAUCAUUUUGCUUUUUUUACAUGUAAUUUAAAGUUUAUACACAGAAAUCUUAAAGAAAAGGUUGGAAAAAAAAUAAGUUUGGGGACCCGAAAGGACUCUCCUGUGGCCCGUCUGUAGGCCCCUACCCUCUGUUUGGCUCCUCACGCUGCCUGCCACUGCAAUAACUGAGCUCAUAUUCUUUUAUUUUCCGAUUCUUAAUAAACAAAACUACGUAAACAGA